AUGAGCUUCCUCCACUCCAGUUUCCGAAUUAGACCUCUCCAACUUGUUCUUGUUCUUAUUCAUAUGAUAAUGAAGCCAACGAGACCGGGUCGCCGGAGAUUCAUUGUAUCCUCUUUCUGCUUCAUUGUUUUUCUCUGCAUACUAGCUUCCAUCAAUGAAGUCCGAUUUGAUAGUCUCUUAAAGUUUGGUAGAUGUGCUCUCUCUAGCAUACCCUCCCAAUCAUCCAAUUCUUCUUCUAAUAAUUUUCUUGCCACAAAUUCAUCGUCCGACCAGAUUCGGAUACUCAUUGGAAUUUUGACACUUCCGGAUCACUACCAUAAGAGGCACUUCCUCCGGCUCAUCUACGGGACACAGUCUCCAGUGGGUGCCAAAAUCGACUUGAAAUUCGUGUUUUGCAACCUAACAAAGGAAGACCAGACAAUUUUGGUGGCAUUAGAGAUAAUGCGUUACGAUGAUAUCAUAAUCCUCAACUGCAAGGAGAAUAUGAACAAAGGUAAGACUUAUACGUAUUUUUCGAGCUUGCCAGAUUUAUUUAACAGCUCUGAUGGACCAUCACCACCUUACCAUUAUGUCUUGAAGGCUGACGAUGAUACUUAUUUUAGGUUAAGUAACCUAGUGGAGUCAUUAAGGCCAUUGCCUAGGGAGGACUUGUACUAUGGUUAUGUUAUUCCAUGCCCUAGCAUGGACCCUUUUGUGCACUAUAUGUCUGGCAUGGGAUAUUUGAUUUCUUGGGACAUAGUGGAGUGGAUUAGGGAAUCGGAAAUUCCGAAAAACCAUCUAGAAGGGCCGGAAGAUAAAGUUUUCGGUGACUGGAUCCGAGAGGGUCACCGGGCUAAAAACCGGUAUAAUGCUAAAUGGUCGAUGUACAAUUUUCCGGAGCCACCAACGAGAUGCACACAUGAGCUUUGGCCGGACACCAUUGCCGUUCACCUUCUGAAGACUCAAGAGAAGUGGAUUCGGACAUUGCAGUACUUUAAUGUUACUAAGAGUUUGAAGCCUUCUAAACUGUACCAUAUACCUUAG